CAUUCUUCCCCAAAAAUCUUCUCUCCGUUCCAAGAAUAACUCCGGCGCACGAUAUCCCCUACCCUUCUAACCUGCACACCAUUUUCCGGCCACCGUAUCUCCGCCUCCCACCGUCCACGUUCCCUUAAUAUGCACCACCACACUCCUACCUGAUUCCUAUUCAGUUUUCUCAAUUUCAGAAACUGUAGAUUAGUACAACAUUCAAUUCGAACACUCAAUGAACGAAGAAGACCUAAAAAGUCACAAGGAUAUACCGAUCGAAGACUAUGAGCAAUCGCAAUCGUCACCUAGAGGCGUAUUGGAAAUAACCGUCUCCGGUACGGAUUCCGAUGACGUAAGCAGUUUCAGCAGCCGUGGUUCGUCGUUCAAUGAUAAGUCUCCGGCGACGGAAGGAGAUGCGGAGUCUGCAACAGAUAGUGGCGGAGAUGAGGACGACGGCGGCGGAGCGGAGGUGUACGGUCCGUCGGCUGUGAGUCAGGGUUUGCGGUGGAGAAAUUUGGUUUAUAACUUGAAGUUGAAGUCGAAAUCGUUAAAGAUGUUUUCGAUGAAGAGGUUAGGGAUGCGUCAUGAUGAUGACGUGGCGGUUGUUGACGGUGGGGAUUGGACGGUUGCGAAACCGUCUUGGCGGAAUUUCACUUUUGAAGAACUUGCUGCAGCCACCGAUAGUUUCUGCCACGAUAAUUUGGUGGGACGAGGAGGACACGCGGAAGUGUACAAAGGACGCUUACCCGAUGGCCAACUUGUGGCGGUGAAGAAAAUAACAAAGAAAGAGAAGAAAGACGAAGAUCGAGUCGGAGAUUUCUUAUCUGAGCUCGGGAUCAUAGCUCAUAUCAACCAUCCAAACGCAGCUCGCUUGAUUGGCUUCAGCUCCGAUACUGAUUUACACCUCGUCCUCCAAUUUGCACCUCACGGCAGCCUAGCAACUUUACUACAUAAUGGUGAAGAAAGAUUAGAAUGGGCGUUACGGUUAAAGGUGGCAAUUGGCAUAGCAGAAGGGUUGCAGUAUCUCCAUUAUGAAUGUAACCGGCGAAUAAUUCACCGAGAUAUCAAGGCUUCAAAUAUUUUGUUGAUGGAAGACUAUCAACCCCAGAUAUCUGAUUUCGGGCUAGCAAAAUGGCUACCGGAGAAAUGGGUUCACCAUAUUGUUUCCCCCAUUGAAGGGACUUUUGGGUACAUGGCACCUGAAUAUUUCAUGCAUGGGAUUGUUCAUGAAAAGAUCGACGUGUUCUCGUUUGGAGUUCUUUUGCUCGAGCUUAUUACGGGUCGUGCUGCAGUUGAUUCAAGCCGGCAGAGUCUUGUAAUCUGGGCGAAACCGCUUCUUGAGCAAAGUAAUGUUGAAGAACUCGUGGACCCGCGUUUAGAAAACGAUUAUGAGGUAACUGAACUAAAGCGUGCAAUGUCGGCUGCUUCCGCAUGCAUUCAUCACAUGCCAAACAUGCGCCCAAACAUGAAACGGGUUGUACAGAUACUGAAGGGUGAGGGGAUGACAACCGAGCCAAAACCGAAGACGGGUGGUGGGCGUGCAUUACUUUUAGACGCGUGUGACGUGGAUGAUUACACGGCUACUACGUACCUAAAAGACCUCAAUCGACACAUGGAACUUGCCAUGGAGUGAUGGUUGAUCAACCUUGUAGAGAUGGUGUGUUUUUUGUUUUGUAUGUGAUGGUUGUGGGUGUAUAUUGUUGGGAGUUGAGUCAGUGAGAGAUGAAGAUGGGCCUACAAGAAGCCCAUUUAGAAAUUUUAAGGACUGAUCUUAUUUUAGUGGUGGGCUUAGAUGGGGCUGAAAAGGUGUAAUCGUUCUAGACUUCUAGUUCUAAUGAAAAUCCCAUGACACUUCUAAAUCCUA